AGUUCCACAGCUGACAGCGAAGUGUCAACAUAUACCCCGAGUGCUGCAGCCAACGCGGUUCUUCCUGCCACAUGCUAUUGAUUGCCGCUAUUUUUUUUUUCAAGGUGGAUAAUUUCGAUUAGAAUAAUUGUAGAUGAUUCUCUGUUUGUUUAUUGUGUGACAUCAUCAACGAAGAUAGUUGGGAAGUUUUAAUGUUCGGAAAGAAAAUAACAACACGUGCUCUUUAGUAUUUUUCCAAUGUAACGUGGAUGACGUACUAGUGUCGAUGAAUAAUCUCUCUUUUACAAUGAAAUGGAUAUUUUUGAAAUUAAGAGAGAUAGGUCCUUGAAAUUUUGCCUCUAAUACAGGUUGCCUAUUAUUUGUUACGCAUCGUAAUAUAAGAAUUAACAUUCAGAGCCGUUUAUUGCAAUAGAAAAUAUUUUUCAACAAUAUCUAUUUUUAAUCUUCAAAAUGAAAUCUAUCUUAAAUUAGAGCAAAGCUUUUGAAAUUUGACCUGAAACUACAAAGCUUUAAACAUAGCUUAAAAAAUGUUGUUAACAGUUAUGAAUGGCGUUAAUUAGUUCGCUAACUAUUCUUGUUGACAUUACUAUUGUUAAAACUGGAAAAGAAUUUGGAUAAUAAUUUCUUCUGAAUUUGUGUGCAGUGAAUUGGGAAUAUCUUGUCAAAAUCACCAAGUUACGUACUGUGAACGUACUGAAUUUUCGAUUAUAAUUCAGAACCAGAAAACUAGUGUCAUUGUGCUUCAAGCUGUUUCGAAUAUGAUUUUGCUUCAACAUUCGAGAACGUUCUAAGGUGUACUAAAAGAAUGUGACGGUUUGCAGCGCAUUAUGUCCGCAUGCGGCAUAACAGAAAUGCAACAAACUUCGUGUGGUGGAUUAUACGGUGAUCUUGAGGAAUACUUGAGUGAAGUUGAGCGACGAGCCCAGCGAACGGCCAAUGACGGUGAUGAUGUUUAUGCUCAGCUGGUGCAGAGAGAAAAAGAUCUGGUGUUGGCAGCAGAGUUGGGGAAAGCCCUUCUCGAAAAAAAUGAACAAAUCAGCAGAGCUAAUGAAAGGCUGGCUGAGGAAUACUCACAUAAGUUAGAGCUUCUGGAGCAGGAAAAACAUGGACUCCGUCGUAAACUGGAUGUUCUGGAGAGCGAAUACGACAGUCGAGUUGGCGAGUUGCAGGCGGAUCUCAACCAGCUUCGGAAGGAACUCGCUCAGCAACAGACGCAGCAUCGAUCUCAAGAGAAGGAGAAAGGUCAACUUCUUGAGGAGCUGACGGAACAGAACCACAGGCUAACUGCAGAACUAAAACAAGCAACUCGAAAUGAAGAUCAACUCCAGAGUCAGCUGCAAGCGCUGAGAGAACAAUUCAAUGUCCGGCGGUCAAAUCUGCACGAUCACGUUUCGCAGCUGGAAGGUCUGCGAGAAGAAAUAAAUAUCCUAUCUGAAAGAAAAUUCGAGCUUGAAAGGAGAAUAUCAGCCCUCAGCAAUGAAAGAGAAGGCUUAAACGUCUCCUUAGAAGAAUCUAGCGAUCGAAUUUUGCUUUUAGAGAGGCAAAAUCGAGAGCAGGACCAACAGUUACGAACUCAACAACGGGACAUCGAUGAAUUGCGGCAGACAAACAGCCAACUACAGAACAGGUUGGAUGCAAUAAUGCGGCGGUGUGGUACGCCAACCUCAGGAGACAAACCAUCGCUGUUCAACGAAAUUGAAAUGUCUUCACAAUCCUCUGUUGAAGACGAAUUCAGAUCUCCUAGCCAGUGUGGACCAACGAAAGUUCCUUCUCAUCCAAGUUCCUCAAUGUGUCUCCAAGGCGAUUUCCCAGAGGAUGAAAUCGAAUGUGAUGAUUCUGACUUGCCAUUAGCCAUGGAGACAGAUGAAGUAUGGAAGAUACGAGAAGAACUUGUUCCAAUUUAUCGGCAGUUGAGGCGGCUGUGUGAAGAUCUUCGUAGGCGGCGAGAAAACUUCAGUUCAGCCGACAGUGGCAUUUCCCAUUCACCUGAAGAAAUACAAGCGAAUGAAAUGCGGCUGGGAAUGCUUUCUUCGAUUACAAAGGAGCUGGGGAACCUUAUCGAGGAGGCACUAAUGUCACAAGAUGAUAUGUGUCUUUCAUGCCAAAGCAUAGCAGAGGAAAGAGAAACUUUGGAAAAAGUUCAGAAGGAGCUUAUUGAAAAGACGGAAGAUAUUAAAAAGAAAAGCGAAGAAAUAUCGCAAUUAACUGCCAAAUUAACUAUUCAAGAAACUGAGUUGGCUGCUCUGAGAGAAUCACGCGACCAACUUCAAAGCGAUAUGAAUAACAGUGCUCUAGCCAAAGACCAAGUAGUCAAAAAAGCGUGGGAAGUUCGAGACCAAGCUGUAGCAAGAAAAAAUACAGUUGAAAUAGAGUUAGCAAGAACAAGAAUUGAUGUCAUGCAUAUCAAUAGCCAACUAAUGGAAGCAGUUCAGCAAAAAAUUGAACUCUCCCAGCAGCUAGAACAAUGGAAAUUGGAUAUGGAGGUACUUCUGGACAAUCAAGUUAUGAAAAAGUUGAAAACACAAGAGCAGGAAGAUAAGAAGCAAAAAGUGAUAGAAAAAACUGUUGAAGUGCCGCCGGCAAAAAGGCAAAACUCUAAAGGAAAGCUUUUUAGGCUAUGGCGCAAUUGAAAGAAUAAUUAGACCAAUAUUCAAAUGAAUUAAAAACUAAGAGUUCAGACCUUUUUAAACAACUCUGAGACAGUUUACUGAAUAUCGUUUGAAAAUGUUUGAGAAUUUUAUGAGACGUUGUUUUAUUCAGAUAAUGACUAUUUAAUGAGUGUACAGUACAUUUUUAUCAUCAUCAUCAUCAUCAUCAUCGCUGUCCCUUUUUUUUUUUGUUAUUUUUAUAAUUUUUAGAUAAAUACUGCAGAGCACAGAUAAAAAUAACUCCUAUUUAUGUUUGUACUUUAAAUCAUUUUUUUGAUAAAUUGAACGGCUCGGCGAAAGAAUGACAUGCCAUAUGAUGUGAAUUUCUCAGUAGGCCAAUUUCCAACUUAAAAAAAAAAAAAAAUUGUAAAAUUUUUCAAAGGCUUUUUUCAUUUUUUAUUCUGCGAUACUAAAACCAGAUUUGUUUUUCUCCAAAUAGCAUAAUCCAUUGGUAUGUACAUUUCAAUUUUCGUCAUGAGAAACAAAAAUUUUCAUCGAAAAGUCACUCCUUGUGGCUUGUUGCAUUUCUGCUCCGAGUCCUUCAAUUUUAUUCAGAAUAACUCAAUGAAACUCAAUUUCGAUCUUAGUGAAUGCUUAUUGCUUGAAGUGGUUACUUACUCAUACAGCACCCAUGAAGACUUCUAUUUAUAAGUUAUUGUCUCUGUUUUCUCCAUCAGAAAGCUCAAUCCGAAACUAAAGCAACAUUUUAUUUAGUGCAAUUUAUAUUUUCACCGAAGCCUAUCUUAGAAUCAUAUCUGUGACAAAUACGUACAUUCGUGGAAAGUACUACAUAAUGUGCAUUAGAAGAAAAUACUUUUCAUAUUAGUAAUUAGAAAUAUCUGCAGAACUGUGUACUUAUACAGCUAAUUGCGCAUAUUAGCUGUAAGUUACGAAUAAUGUAUUAAUAUCCUGUUUGCAUCCAUUUUAUUUGCAUAAAGUUAAAUAUCACCAAAAUAUAUAAAACCCAAUGCUGCAAAUGCAAUAAUAUCGUAACUGAAUCCAGUGAUAAAGAUGCUUUUAAUAUACAGUAGAGUCUCGAAAAACCGAGUCUCAAAAGUCCGAGAUUUCGCUUAAUCCGAGAUGCUUUGUUGAUAUUUUUAAUGUAUACUUUUUAUAGAUAAAUAAUGUUUUAAUCUGAAAACUGUAAUAUUUUGCUAUGUGGAACUUCCCUAACAAUGUACAAUAAGGUAAUAAAAAGAAAUUGAAAAGUUUAGAAAUGCCUUGGAGGAAGUAGGAAGUAGGUUGAUACAAAAAAUAACUUGAAAUUAAAACAUUGUUUUGCCUCAAAGGACGAACAAACAGCUCUUUUGGAACAUCCAAUUGCAAUUUAAAAGAGAAAUACAAAACUUAACUCUGUAAUGUAAGCGUAUAUACGAAAUUUUAUCCUUCUAUGACUAACUUUUUCGUAUUAUGUGAGGUACACACAUAAUACACGUAGAACACACAUAGAAACCAAUUUCGCGACAAAACUUAUUCGAGGAUGAUGAAAGGGCAGUUUUUUGUUGCCUGAAAGUUUACACGCAAGUACAUGCAGAUAUCAAGAAAAAAAAACUAAUCAAAACUCGUUUAGUAAUAAUUAAAACAUAAAUUUAUGUUGAUAUUAGAGUGAUAAAAUUUUAGAGGCGACAAUAUUUAUUUUUCAUUGCGUAAGGAAGUAAGCAGCGCAUGUCUUUAUGUAGUCCAUAUAAUUUUUCGGAUAAUCCGAGUUUUCAGUAAUCCGAGGUAGAGCGAGCCCCAAUUACCUCGGAUUUUCGAGACUGUACUGUACUUUACAUUUCAAAUUAUCAAAGAAAAAUAAGUCAAUAAUCCUGUGUAGUGAUAACAUCUUGCUUUUUAAGAACAUGUUGUUGGAUUUACGAAUAGUGAUAUAACUAAUUCCUUAACAGUUUACAAACCACUCUCAAGACCAAGUACUUUUAUUUAUAAGAAUAUUUGAGUGUGUAAUUUGAAGAUACAAAAGAAUGUUUUGCAUUUUCGACUUGCUGUAAAGCGCAUCCGUGAGCCAAUAUCUUAAUCCGUCCAUGUUUAAAUACGAUUAUCAAUGGAUGAUUUUGUUCGUAUAAUAUUUCUGCUGUCAUCGAAUGUGAUCAUAGAGUUUUAUAAGAAACAGAAGCAAUGUAUAUAAUAAAUUAAAGCAACUAUAUUUGUUAUAUUUGUAUGCAAAAUCGAAUAGAAUCUACAGAAACUAUUAAAAACAUUUUGGUACACAUUCAGGGUGGGCACGAGAAGUAGGCCCGCAGGUAUUCAGCUACAAAUAUCGCGAGGGCUACAUUUUUAUCGACUAUCUUGGUUAGAACUUAAGAUGUUAGUGAGAAAUAUGACUUUUGCCUUUGAAAAAAAAAAAAAAAAAAACUAAAA